AUGAAUAAAAUAAAUCCUGGACGAAAAAUCUUAGAUAUAAGGAUCGAUAUGGGAAACCAAAGUUAUUCUCACAUAAGAGUCCACGAAAAUGACGAGCCCGAUGAUUUAGCUUAUAAGUUCUGCUUAAUCCGAAAAAAGUAUUUUUUCACGGGAGGUUUAUUUUAAUAUAUAAAAGAAUAUUUUUUAGAUUCAAAAAAUCCUUUUUUAAAGAGAAAAUCUAAUUUAGAAAUUUUAUAUUUAAAUCUAAGCUACCUAAUUUGCUGAAGAUUUUAUAAUAGAGAUUUUCCUCAUAGUUUGAUUCACUAGCCAAGGGGAGUUAGAAAAUGAAUUAAAUAUUGACGAAUGCCAAUCUUUAAUAUCAAAAGCUAUAGAACAUCAAAUUGAUAUCCUUCUUGAUGAGGAAGAAAGAAGUAAUAAGCUACUCAAUACUAGCAAAUUAACUUCUGCCCAAACUUAUAAAAACGAAUUAAAUUUAGCCUCCCAUCACAAAUUUCAGAAUUAUUUCAAUAAUCUCAGACAAAAACAAGAAAAUUGUUCAAUAAAAGGCAGAUAUGAGCUGAGUUCUGAAAGGUCUCAGAAAAGUAUUGAAGAACAAGUGAAACAUUCCAUAAGGCAUUCUUCAUUGACGAAAUUUAAUAAAUUGCUUUACAAUAAAUCCCAGCCAAGAUAUGAUUAUUUAAUUUUUAUAAAAUUCAAUAAAAAACAGCAUAAUACCUAUGCACCAAGCUUUAAGCUUAACAAAACACAAAUGAUUAGACCAGCUUCCAACAGUCGUGAGAGAAAUGAAAAAAUUAUCGGAAAAAAUUCAGAAAAAAUAUUUAUCAGGAUGAAAAAGGACAGAUAUGUAAAAUUGUUUAGAUUAUUAAAUCCUGGUAAUCACUCAAGUUUGUUGUUUCUGUCUAAAAUUGAUUUUGAGCUAUUAACCAGCCAACUAAUUAAUAUUUUGAAGCCAUUGUGGGCAAAUUUAGAAGAAAAUGAAGGCGGCAUAGAUUAUGAAAUGUUCAGUAUAUUUAUGGAUGAUAUUUUAAUUUAUUUGACUCCUGGUGACAAAUCUUUAUUAUUUUCCCAGAUUGAAAAGCUAGCUAAAAAUCGAGAUUCUAGUAGCUUUAGUGCAAAUGCAAUGAAGAAGAAAUUUGAAUUAAUAUAA